AUGGUGGACCAACAGUUGGAAGAUAAAAAACAAACUGCUGCAGAGAAGAUGGUGGACCAACGGUUGGGAGAUGAAAAACAAACUGCUGCAGAGAAGAUGGUGGACCAACAGUUGGAAGAUAAAAAACAAACUGCUGCAGAGAAGAUGGUGGACCAACGGUUGGGAGAUUCGGCAACCACGGACAGUACCGAUACUCGAGAGGUUAAUCAAGGCAUAGCACAGCUCUACGACCAGUCGUCUGGUGUCUGGGAGGACAUAUGGGGAGACCACAUGCAUUACGGGUUCUGCGACCCGGUUUCCGGGACUGAUUCGGAUCACCGGGCUGCCCAGAUACGAAUGAUACAAGAGGCCCUCAGUUUUGCCGGCGUUUCGGAGGACCCAGGAAAAAGGCCAAAGAAUGCGCUUGAUGUUGGGUGUGGGAUAGGAGGCACCACCAAGUACAUAGCAAGGAAAUAUGGAGCCAAAUGCAUAGGCAUCAACCUUAGUCCCAUCCAAAUCCAGAGGGCCAAUGCUCUUGCUGCAGCUGAAGGAUUAGCUGACAAGGUUUCCUUUCAAGUUGCAGAUGCAUUAGAGCAGCCAUUUUCAGAUGGGCAGUUUGAUCUGGUUUUGUCAAUUGAGUGUGGAGAGUAUAUUGCUGACAAAAGAAAGUUUGCUGCUGAGUUGGCUAGAGUUACAGCCCCAGGGGGCACAAUUGUCAUACAAUCAUUUUGUCACAGGGAUCUUGGCCCUUCUGAAGAAUCUCUGCAGCCAUGGGAGCUGAAGCGUCUUAAAAAGAUAUAUGAUGGUUUCCAAAUUCAGGGAUAUUGUUCUACUGCUGAUUAUGUCAACUUUUUCGAGUCCCUCUCUCUUCAAGUAAUUACUUUCUUAAAUUUGGCUAAAACUCACUUGAAUCAGUCUCUAAUCAACCCCCACCAGCCUUUGAAACCUUGA